AUGUCUAAUAUAAAUAACAAAGACUCUAGUACAGAAUGGAAUUGUAAAGAAGAUGUGGGAUGUGUUCCACCUAGGAGACAGAAUUUGAAUAUGGAAAGGUUGGAUAAUGAAAAUGAAGAUUCUGUACCCGAUUUCAUGAAGAAAACUUUUUAUCUUGCUGCUGCUGGAGAAGGAAAGAAGUUACGUGAGAAGCAUGAUGAGAGUUGUGAUGAAUUCUGUGACGCAUGGAAUAGAAGUUUAGCUGAUUAUAAAGAUAUAUUUCAAGGAAAGGAUAUGUGGAAUGAUGGGAAAUAUGGUGAAGCGAAAAAUCAUAUUAAGAAUGCUUUUGGUGAUAUGAACAAUAGAAAAACUAUGUUAAAUGAAAUUGAGAAAGGAAUUAAAGAUGAAACGUUUAGUCGUGAAAAUGGUUUAGACGUUUGUAAAUCUCAAUGUGAGGAAAGAAGUAGAGAUGACACAGAAGAUCAAUUUUUGAGGUUUUUUGCAGAAUGGGAAGAAGAAUUUUGUGAUGGGUUAAAUAAACAUGAAGAACAAUUAAAGUCUUGUACUAAAGAUAUAAAUUGUGACAUUAAAUGUAGCAAUUUUAAAGAUUGGCUUGAAACUAAAAAAGAUGAAUAUGAUAUUCAAUCGAGGGUAUUUGAAAAAAAAUAUGCUAAUGAUAAUAAAUCAAAACAUUUGAACUAUUUAAAGGAAGGAAUGAAUAAAUGCAAGGUGAAAAAUCCAGAAAUGGUGUUUAAAUCAGGAUUUGCAAACGUAGCUGAAUGUAGAAAUUUGAAUGUAGAAGGUGCGGGCAAUAAGAAUUCAAAUAAUUUAAAAGAUUUAGAUAGUAAUUCUGAUAAGGAUGGUAUUGUUAGUGAAUCAUAUAAAGCUACUAAAAAAAAUGGUGAGAGUAUUAUGGAUAGAAUUCCUAAAUCUUUUAAUAAAUUAUUCGGUUAUUUUAGUGGUUCCCAAGAAGAAGAACAAAAAGAAAAUGAUGUGUCACAUAGGAAUAAUUAUGAUAAUAUAUUAGUAGAUAAAUUUCAUAGGUCAUCUCUACUGGAUAAAUUAGAUGACAGAAUGUUUUUUGAUGAAUUAAAUCGUGAUAAUAUAAUGGAAGAAGUAUUAUCUAAAAUACCAGAACCUAUAAUACGAGAGGCACCAAAAUAUGUACCCAAAAAACCAGUACCACCACAACAUAUUCCAAGAGGUGAUAAUGUACCACGAAAUAUUGAUGUAAACGGAUCAAAAGAUGAAUAUUCUCCUGAAACUGAAAGUGCAAAUUCGAAAAUUAAGCCUACUUAUGAAGAAAAUGAUGAAGACAAAAGCAAGAUCUCUAUAGAGACAUCAGAAAUAGAUCGUGAUAAAGAACCAUUUAGAAUAAGUGAAGAGAAAAAAGUUGUAAAAGAGGAUGUGCAGGAAUUAGAAAAUAUAGAAUACGAAUUUGAUGAAACAUUCGAUUUUUUUGAUGAAGAUGCUAAACGUAAUAUAGAUGAUAUAAGAAAAGAUAUACAGUCACAAAUUAUGAAAUCCGUAGAAAAUUAUAAUUCAGAAAAGGAGGAAUUUAAAAGAAAUAUUGAAACACAACUAAUAGAAUCUGGAGAUGGAAUGAAUGCAGGAAAUUAUUCUAGUGCUUUGCAAGACAACAGUACGGAAAUACCAACAAUGGUGUUAGUACCAGGAGUAUUAACAGUAUUUUUGCUUACUAUUAUAUGGGUCUUGGUAUAUAAGCAUUCUUUGAUUGAUCGUGUUCAUGGUACGGGGAAAACUAAAAAGGAAGAGAAAAUGAAAGAACUAGAAAGUGAAGAAUUUCCAAAAGAGAAAUAUAACAUUGAAGACAUGGAAGAAACUGAGAAAGAGAACGAAAUAGAAAAAAUAAUGGAUGAAAACAAGGAGACCGAACAAACAGAGGAAGGGAAUACUGAAGAAUUUGUACAAGAGAAGGAAUUGAAUCAGGAAACAUUAGAAAAUGAAAUAAUUGUCGAUCACAUAAAGGAAGAAGAAGAUACACGGAACGUUAAGGAACAAGAAUCAGUUCUUGAAGAAAGUCCCAUAGAAGAGUUACCAGUAGAAAAUAAUAUAGGUAAAAUAAAUGAAGAAGUUGAGGAAUUUAUACUAAAUGAAAUACCAUUGGAAGAACAAGUACCAAAAGAAUUACCACAAGAAGAAAUAGAAGAAAUAGUAGUAGAGGAGUUACCUAUAGAUGAACAUUUAUCUUCAGAGGAAACUACUGUUACUGAAGAAGAUACAUUUAAAGGUCAAUUAAUUAACGAAGAAAAACCAGUAGAAGAAAAAAGUGUUAGUGAGGAAAUACCAGUAGAAGAAAAAAGUGUUAGUGAGGAAAUACCAGUAGAAGAAAAAAGUGUUAGUGAGGAAAUACCAGUAGAAGAAAAAAGUGUUAGUGAGGAAAUACCAGUAGAAGAAAAAAAUGUUAGUGAAGAAAUACCAGUAGAAGAAAAAAAUGUUAGUGAAGAAAUACCAGUAGAAGAAAAAAAUGUUAGUGAAGAAAUACCAGUGGAAGAAGAAAAUGUUAGUGAAGAAAUACCAGAAGGAGGAAUAGCUAUUGAAGAUGUUCCUGUAGAUGAAGAAACUGUCACUGAAGAAAUUACGGUAGAUGAAAAAAUAUAUGAUAAAUUACCAAACGAAAUAGAGACUGUUAAUGAAGAAAUGCCCGUAGAAGAUGAAACACUUACUGAACAAAUUUCAUCAGAACACGAAAGAGUUCCUGAAGAAAUAAUUGAAGAAAAACCAUUUACUGAAGGUGAAGAAACUGAAUCACUUACUGAUGAAAUAGUAGAAGAAGGAGUAGUUACCGAUGAUAUUCCGGAAGAACAAAUUAUAACUGAAAAAGUUCAAGAAGAAGAAGAAUUUGUUACUGGAGAAUUAUCAGAAGAAGAUAUUAUAAAUGAAAAAGUUCAAGAAGAAGAUGAAUCUGUUACUGAAGAAUUACCAGAAGAAGAUAUUAUAAAUGAAAAAGUUCAAGAAGAAGAAGAAUCAGCUUAUCAAGAAAUAGUACAAGAUGGAUCAGUUACUAAAGACGUUGAAUAUAAAGAAUUAGUUAACGAUGACGUUCGAGACAAAGAAAAUUUUGUUAUUGAAGAAGAUCCAUUUAAAGGUCAAUUAAUUAAUGAAGGAUUACCAGUAGAAGAAGAAUUUGUAACAAAAGAAUUGCCAGUAAAAGAAGAAUCAGUUUUUGAAGAACUUACAGAAGAAGAUCAAAGUGUGACUAAGGAAAUUCCAGUAGAAGAACAUUCUGUUUUUAAAGAAGUUGAUGAAAUUGAAUCAGUUACUGAUGAAAUAGUAGAGGAAGAAGGAUCAGUUAAUGAAGAAGUUGAAGAAGAAGUAUCAGUUUCUGGAGAAGUUGAUGAAACAGAAUAUGUUACUGAAGAAGUAGAAGAAACAGAAUUAGUUAAUGAAGAGGUCUUAAAAGAAGAAGGAUCAGCUUCUGAAAAAGUUGUAAAAGAAGAAGGAUCAGCUUCUGAAAAAAUUGUUGAAGAAGAAGGAUCUGUUACUGAAGAAACAGCUUCUGAAGAAAUUGUUGAAGAAGAAGGAUCUGUUACUGAAGAAUCAUCUUCUGAAGAAAUUGUUGAAGACGAAGGAUCUGUUACUGAAGAAUCAUCUUCUGAAGAAAUUGUUGAAGAAGAAGGAUCUGUUAUUGAAGAAUCAGCUUCUGAAGUAAUAGUUGAGGAUGAAGUAUCAGCUUCUAAAGAAAUAGUAGAAGAUGAAGCAUCAGUCACUGAGGAAGUUGUAGAAGAAGAAGGAGCAGUUAGUGAUGAAGUUCAAGUAACAGAAUCAGUUGAAGAUGAAAUAAUAAAUCAAGGGAUAGUUGAUGAAGUAAUUGUAGAACAAGAAGCAUCAGUUACCGAUGAAAUAGUAAAAGAAGAUGAAUCAGUUAUUGAAGAAAUAGCAGUAGAAGAAACAGUUACCGAAGUAGUUGAAGAAACAAAACCAAUGGACGAAGAAAUAGUAGAUCAAGGAUCAGUUGUUGAAAAUGUUGAAGAAAAAAAAACAAUGGACGAAGAAAUAGUAGAUCAAGGAUCAGUUGUUGAAAAUGUUGAAGAAAAAAAAACAAUGGACGAAGAAAUAGGAGAUCAAGGAUCAGUAGCUGAAAAAGUUGAAGAAGAAGAAUUAGUUACAGAAGAAGUUAUAGAGCGAGAAGGAUCUAUUAAUGAAGAUAUAGUAAAAGAAGCAUCAAUUACUGAAGAAGUUGAGCAAAUAGAACCAGUUACUGGAAAAGUUGAGAAAAUAGAAUCAAUUACUGAUGAAAUUAAAGAACAAUUAGUUCCUGAAGAUAUUAAAGAAGAACAAUUAGAUUUUGAAGAAAUUGUAGCACAAAGAGCAUCUGUUAAUGAUGAAAAAGUAGAAGUAGCAUCAAUUACUGAAGAAGUUGAAGAAGAAGAAAAAUCAGUUAGUGAAGAAGUUUUAGAAGAAGAAGGAUCAACUACUGAAAAAGUUGUAAAAGGAUCAUCUACUGAAGUAGUUGUAGAAGAGCAAGGAUCAGUUACUGAAAAUUUAUUAGAAGAAGAAUCAGCUUCUCAAGGGAUUGUAGAAAAGGAAGAAUUUGUUGAUGAAGAAGAUUCAGUUAAAGACCAAAAUGUAUUUGAAAAAGAAGGAUCAGUCACUGAACAACUUGUUGAAGAAGAAAAAGGUUUGAUUAAUGAAGACAAUGAAAAAGAAGAAUUAAUUACUGAAAUGUCUGAAGAAAUAAAAUCAGUUAAUGAAGAAAUAGAAGAAACAGAUCUAUCUACAGAAGAAAUAAUAAAACAACAAGGGUUAGCUACUUAUGAGUUUGUAGAAGAAGAAAAAUCACUUACUGACAAGUUAUUAGAAGAAGAAUCAGUUACCAAAGAAGUUGGAGAAACAGAAUUAUCUACUCAAGAGGUCGUAGACGAAAAAGUAUCAGUUACUGAAGAAGUUAUAGAAGAAGAAAAAUCAGUUAGUGAAGAGGUCUUAGAAGAAGGAUCAGCUACUGAAGAAGUUGUAGAAGAAGGAUCAUGUACUGAAGUAGUUGUAGAAGAAGGAUCAUGUACUGAAGUAGUUGUAGAAGAAGGAUCAUGUACUGAAAUAGUUGUAGAAAAAGGAUCAGAUACUGAAAUUGUUGUAGAAGAAGGAUCAGCUACUGAAAUUGUUGUAGAAGAAGGAUCAGCUACUGAAGUAGUUGUAGAAGAAGGAUCAGCUACUGAAGAGGUUGUAGAAGAAGGAUCAGUUUCUGAAGAAAUGUUAGAAGAGGAAGGAUCAGCUACUGAAGAAGUUGUAGAAGAAGGAUUAUCUAGUGAUAAUGUUCAAAAGUCAAAAGGAGUAAUUGAAAACGUAGGAGAAAUAUAUUCUGUAAAAACAGCUAAGGAUGAAUCUAUGAAUGAAAAAAUACCAUUAGAGAAAUCAUCAUUUGUUGAUGAUGAGUCCUUUAAAGGACAAGGACCUACAGAUAAUGUAUCAGUCGAAGACGUAAAUUCGGAAGAUAUUAUUAAUGAACAUACUCCAUUAGAAGAAACGAAAAUUGAAGAAUUACCAACAGAAUAUAUUACUACUGCUGAUAUACACACUAAAGGUGAAACAGAAACAAAAUAUAAUCUAAUAUACGAAAAAAUAAAUGAAGAAGUUGAAAAAGCAAAAUUUCAAGAAGAAAAAAUUACCGAAAAUAUUCCAGUAGAAAGAGAAUCAGUUACAGAAGAUAUAGUACAAGAACCAUCAUUAGCUCAGGAAGUUGAACAAAAAGAAUCAGAUACUAAUGAAAUUGAAGAAACUAAAUUAGCUAAUGAAAAAAUUAUACCAGAAGUAUCUGUUACUGAAAACGUUGUUGAAAAAGAAGGAUUAGAUACUGAAGAGGUCUUAGAAGAAGAUGAAUCAAUUACUGAAGAAAUAGUAGAAGAAGAAGUAUCAUCUAGUGAAGAAAUAGUAGAGGAAGAAGAAUCAUCUAGUGAAGAAAUAGUAGAGGAAGAAGAAUCAUCUAGUGAAGAAAUAGUAGAGGAAGAAGAAUCAUCUAGUGAAGAAAUAGUAGAGGAGGAAGAAUCAUCUAGUGAAGAAAUAGUAGAGGAGGAAGAAUCAUCUAGUGAAGAAAUAAUAGAAGAAGUGUCAAGUACUGAAGAAGUCUUAGAAGAAGAAGGAUCGGUUACGGAAGAAAUUGUAGAGGAAGAAGUAUCAACUACUGAAGAAGUUAAAGAUAUUGGAUCAGUUAGCGAAGAGGUAUUAGAAGAAGAAGGAUUCGGUACUGAAGAAUUUGUAGGACAACAAGGAUCUGUUAUUGAAGAAAUUGUAGAAACAGAAUCAUCUACUGAAAAAGUUCUAGAAGAUGUUGGAUCAAAUGUUGAAGAAAUAGUACAGGAAGAAGGUCCUGUUGCUCAAGAAAUUGUACAUGAAGAAGUAUCAACUACUGAAAAACAUGAUGAAGUAGAUAGAUCAACUACUGAAGAAAUUGUAGAAAAAGUUGGAUCAGUUUCUGAAGAAAUAAUAGUAGAAGAAGUGUCAGCUUCUGAAGAAAUAGUAGAAGAAGGAUCAGUUACUGAAGAAGUUGUAGAAGAGGAAAAAUUAAUUAAUGAAGUUGGUGAAACCGAAUCGGUUACUGAAGAAAUAGUACAAAAAGAAGUAUCAGAUGCUGAAGAAGUUUUAGGACAAGAAGGAUCAAUGAAUGAAGAAAUAUUAGAAAAAGAAUCAAUUGUUGAAGAAAUUGUUGGACCGGAAGGAUCUGUUACUGAAGAAAUAGUAGAUCACGGAUCAUUUGCUGAAGAAGUCAAAGAAGAAGAAUUAGUUACAGAAGAAGCUGUACAGUAUGAAGGAUCUGUUACUGAAGAAAUAAAAGAAGAAGAAUCGAUUACUGAGAAUGAAGCAAUAGAAGAAUCAGCUUUUGCAGAAAUUAUAGAAGAAAAAGGACCAAAUACUGACGAAAUUGUAAAAGAAGAAGGAUUAGAUACUGAAGAAAUAGUGAAUGAAGUAUCAGUUACUGACGAGGUCAUAGAAGAAGAAAAAUUAGUUAAUGAACAAAUUGUAGGUGAAGAAAGAUCUGUUACUGAAAAACCAGUAGAAGUUGAACGAUCAGCUACUGAAGAUCUUGUUGAAGAAGAAGCAUCGGUUACUGAAAAAGUUUCAGUGCAUGAAGGAUCAACUACUGAACAAAUACUAGAUGAAUCAGUUGCUGAAGAAAUAGUAGAGGAAGAAGUAUCUGUUGAUGACAAAAUAAUAGAGGAAGAAGUAUCUGUUGAUGAAGUUGUAGAAGAAGAAGGAUCAGUUAUUGAAGAGAUAGUAGAAGAAGAAGAAUCAGUUCCUGAAGAAAUAUUGGAAGAAGAACUAUCAGGUUCUGAAGAAGUUCUAGAAGACGAAUGGGUUACUGAUGCUUUUAUGGGACAAGAAGGAUCUGUUAUAGAAGAAAUUGAAGAAAUAGUAGAUGGAGAAGGAUCGAUUACGGAAGAAAUUGUAGAAGAUGGAUCAGCUAAUGAAAAAAUAGUAGAGGAAGAACCAUCUCGUGUUGAAGAAGUUUUAGGAAAAGAAGGAUUUGUUAUUGAAGAAAUAAUAGAAGAAGGGUCGGUAAUUGAACAAGUUGAAGAUACAAAAACAGUUUCUGAAAAAUCAGAAGAAUCAUCAGCUAUUGAAGAAGUUAAAGAAGUAAAAGAAGAAGAAUCGAUUAGUGAAAAAAUAGUAGAAAAAGAAGAAUCUGUUACUGAAGAAAUUGUACGACAAGAAGAAUCUACUACUGAAAAAAUAGUAAAAGAUGUAUCACCUACUGAAGAUUUUGUAGAACAAACAGAUUCAGUUACUGAAAAAGUUAUAGAACAAGAAGGAUCAAACACUGAAGUUGCAGAAGACGUUGAAGAAAAAGAAUCCGCUUCUGAUGAACAUGAACAAGAAGAUGUAUCAGUAAAUGCACAAGUUACAUAUGAGAAAAAAUCAGUUACUAAAGAAAUAGUGGACGAAGUGUCUCGUACUGAAGAAAUAGUAGAAGAAAAUGGAUCAGUUACGGAAGGAGUAGACGAAACAGGAUCCGUUACUGAAGAAAUAAUAGAAGAAGCAACAGUAACUGAAGAAGUCGUAGAAGAUGGAUCAGUAACUGAAGAAGUCGUAGAAGAUGGAUCAGUUAUUCAAGAAGUUGUAGAAGAUGGAUCAGUUACUGAAGAAAUAGUACAAGAAAAUGGAUCAGUUACUGAAGAAAUAGUAGAGGAAGAAGGAUCAGUUAAUGAAGAAGUUGAAGAAGAAGUAUCAGUUUCUGGAGAAGUUGAUGAAACAGAAUAUGUUACUGAAGAAGUAGAAGAAGAAGGAUCAGUUGUUGAAGAAAUUGUAGAGGAGGAAGGAUCAGUUUCUGGAGAAGUUGAUGAAACAGAAUAUGUUACUGAAGAAGUAGAAGAAGAAGGAUCAGUUGUUGAAGAAAUUGUAGAGGAGGAAGGAUCAGUUUCUGGAGAAGUUGAUGAAACAGAAUAUGUUACUGAAGAAGUAGAAGAAGAAGGAUCAGUUGUUGAAGAAAUUGUAGAGGAGGAAGGAUCAGUUUCUGGAGAAGUUGAUGAAACAGAAUAUGUUACUGAAGAAGUAGAAGAAGAAGGAUCAGUUGUUGAAGAAAUUGUAGAGGAGGAAGGAUCAGUUGUUGAAGAAAUUGUAGAGGAGGAAGGAUCAGUUUCUGAAGUAGUUGAUGAAACUGAAUUAGUUAAUGAUGAAAUAGUAGAACAAGCUCCAUUUACUGAAGAAGUUGAAGAACAAGUAUCAGUUAACGAUGAAAUAAUAGAAGAUGCAUCAGUUGCUGAAGCAGUUGAAGAAUCAGAAUCUAUUACUGAAUCAGUUUCCCAAGAAGAAGAAACAGAAAAAGGAUUUGUUAUUGAAAAAGUUGAAGAAACAGGAGCGGUUACUGAAGAAAUAGUUCAAGAUGGAUUAAUUACAGAAGAAAUUUUAGAAGAAUCUGAAUCCGUUAAUGGGGAAAUAAUAAACAAAGAAUCAGAUGCUGAGGAAAUUUUAGAAACAGAAUUUCUUACUGAAGAAGUUGUAGGUCAAGCAGGAUCAACUUCUGAAGAAAUAGUAGAAGAAGAAGGAUCAGUUACUAAAGAAGUUGAGGAAAAGGAAUCAGUAACUGAAGAAUUAGUAGAUGAAGGAUCAGUAACUGAAGAAUUAGUAGAUGAAGGAUCAGUUACUGAAGAAGUUGUAGAACAAGGGGGUUCAAUUGCUCAAGAAAUAGUAGAAGAAGAAUCAGCUACUGAAGAAAUAAUACGGGAUGAAACUAAUGUUGAAGAAGUCCUAGAAAAAGAAGGAUCUGCUACUGAAGAAAUAGUACAAGAUGGAUCAGGUACUAAUGAUUUUGUAGGAAAACAAGGAUCUGUUAUUGAAGAAGUUGUAGAAGAAGAAAUAUCAACUACUGAAGAAAAACUAAAAGAAGAAGCAUCUGCAAUUGAGGAAUUUGUGGAAGAAGAAUCAAUUAGAGAAGACGUUUUAGAAGAAAGUUUGGUUACUGAAAAUGUUGUAGGACAACAAGAAUCUGUUACUGAAGAAAUAGUAGAUGGAGAAGGAUCAUUUACUGAAGACAUAGUAGAGGAAGAAGAAUCAGUUACGGAAGAAAUAGUAGUGGAUGAAGAAUCGGUUACUAAGGAAAUAGUAGAGGAUGAAGAAUUAGUUACUGAAGAAAUAGUAGAGGAUGAAGGAUCUUUUACUGAAGAAAUAGUAGAGGAUGAAGGAUCUUUUACUGAAGAAGUUAUAGAAGAAAGAUCAUUAAUUGAAGAAGUUGAAGAUACAGAAACAGUUGCUGAAAAAGAAGAAGGAUCAGUUAUUAAAGAAAUAAUUGACGAAAAAUCACUUACUGAAAAAAUAGUUGAAGAAGAAAAAUCAGUUACUGAAGAAGUUGAAGAAAAAGAAUCGGUUAAGGAAGAAGUAGAAGAACAAAGAUUAGUUGUUGAAGAGGAAGGAUCAGCUACUGAAGGAAUAGUAGAAGACAGAUUAGCUACUGAAGGAAUAGUAGAUGACAUAUUAGUUACUGAAGAAAUAGUAGAAGACGGAUUAGCUACUGAUGAAUUUGUAGAACAACAAGGAUCUAUUAUUGAAGAAGUUCUAGAUGAUGAAGGAUCAGUUACUGAAGAAAUAGUAGAGGAAGAAGGCUCUCCUAAUGAAGAAAUUGUAGAAGGAGUAUCAGUUAUUGAAGAAGAUGAUAAUAUAGAACCAGUUAGUGAAGAAAUAGUAGAGGGAUCGGUUACUGAAGAAAUGAUAAAAGAAGGUUUAGAAAAUGAAGUAAUAUUAGAUGAAGAUUCAAUUACUGAAGAGGCUUUAGAGAAAGAAGGAUCAGUUAGUGAAGAAAUAGUAGAGGAAAUGGGAUCACUUACUGAGGAAAUAGUAGACGAAGAAAGAUCAACUUCCGAAGAUAUGAUAGAAGAAGGAUCAGCUUCUGAAGAAAUAAUACAAGAAGAAUCGCAAGUUGAAGAAGUUGUAGAAGAAGUAUCAGUUAUCGAUGAAAUAGUAGAGGAAGACGAAUUAGAUACUAAAGAAGUUGUAGAAGAAAUAGAAUUUAAUACUGAAGAGGUUGUAGAACAUAAAGAAGAAGAAGGAUCUGUCGCUGAAGAAAUAGUACAGGAAGAAAAGGAAGGAUCUGUUAAUGAAGAAAUUAUAGAAGAAGUAGGCUCAAUUACUGAAGAAAUGGUAGAACAAGAUGUAUCUGAUAAUGAAGAAAUAGUAGAAGAAAGAUCCGUUAUUGAAGAAGCUGAAGAAAAUGUAUGGAUUGAGAAAGAAGUAGAAGAAGAAGGAUUAGAUAAUGAAGAAGUCAUAGAUGAAGAAGAUUCAGUUAGUGAACAAGCUGAGGAAGAGGUAUAUAUUAAUGAAGAAAUAUUAAAAGAAUCAUCAGAUGUUGAAGAUGUUAAAGUAGAAAACGAAUUAAUGAAUGAAGAAGUUAACGAAGAAACACAAUCGGUUGCUGAGAACAAUGAAGAGGAUAAAGAAUUAGAUAAUUAUGUAGUUGAAGAGACUGAAUCAGUUACUGAAGAAGUUGUAGUAGACGAAGUACCAAACUCUAAGGAAGUUCAAGAAAUAGAAUCAAUUAUAGAAGAAAUAGUAGAAGACGGAUUAACUACUGAUGAUUUAGUAGGACAACAAGGAUCUGUUAUUGAAGAAGUUGUAGAAGAAGUUGGAUCAGAUUCUGAAGAAAUAGUAGAGGAAGCAUCAAUUACUGAAGAAGUCGAAAAAAAAGAAUCAGUUACAGAGGAUAUUUUAGUAGAAGAAUCAGUUACUGGGGAUAUUUUAGUAGAAGGAUCCGUAACUGAAGAAGUUGUAGGAGAAGAAAAAUUAGUUAGUGAAGAAAUAGUAACGGAAGAAGGAUCUGUUGCUCAAGAAAUAGUAGAAGAAGAUGCACCAGCUACUGAAGAAAUUGAUGAAAUAGAAUCAGUUACUGAAGAAGUUGUCGAAGAAGAAGGACCUGUUGAUGAAGAAAUUGUACAAGAAGAAGGAUCAGUUACUGAAGAAAUAAUACAAGGAGAAUCUAAAGUUGAAGAGGUCGUAGAAGAACAAGGAUCUGAAAAUGAAGAAAUAUUCGUAGAAGAAGUAUCAGCUUCUCAAGAAAUAGUACAAAAUGAAUCAGGUACCGAAGAAAUAUUGGAAAAAGUAUCAGCUUCUCAAGAAAUAGUACAAGAUGGAUCAGUUACUGAACAAAUAAUAGAGGAACAAAAACCAGUUACUGAAGAGGUUGUAAAUGAAGAAGAAUCAAUUACUCAUGAAAUAAUACAGGAAGAAUCUCAUGUUGAAAAAGUUGUACAACAAGGAUCAGUUGCUGAAGAAGUUGUAGAAAAUCCAGUAUCUGUUACUGAAGAAAUAGUAGAAAAAGAAGGAUCCGUUACUGAAGAUAUAGGACAAGAAGGUUAUGUUGCGGAGGAAAUUGUAGAAGAAGAAGAAUUUGAUAAUGAAGAAAUUUUAGAAGAAGAAUCUGUUGCUGAAGAAUUUGUAGAAGAAGGAUUUGAUAAUGAAGAAAUAUUCGUAGAACAAAUAUCAGAUUCUGAAAUAGUAAAAGAAGAAAAUUCAGUUAAUGAAGAAGUCUUAGAAGAAGAAGGAUCAUAUACUGAAGAAAUAUUAGAAGAAGAAGGAUCAUAUACUGAAGAAAUAUUAGAAGAAGAAGGAUCAUUUACUGAAGAAAUAUUAGAGGAAGAAGGAUCAUAUAAUGAAGAAAUAUUAGAGGAAGAAGGAUCAUAUAAUGAAGAAAUAUUAGAGGAAGAAGGAUCAUAUAAUGAAGAAAUAUUAGAGGAAGAAGGAUCAUAUAAUGAAGAAAUAUUAGAGGAAGAAGGAUCAGCUACUGAUUAUUUUGUAGGACAAGGAUCUGAUAAUGAAGAAAUAAUAGAAGAAGGAUCAGCUACUGAUUAUUUUGUAGGACAAGGAUCUGAUAAUGAAGAAAUAAUAGAAGAAGGAUCAGCUACUGAUUAUUUUGUAGGACAAGGAUCUAUUAUUGAAGAAGUUCUAGAAGAAGAAGGAUUAGAUACUGAAAAAGUUUUUGAAAAUGAAGGAUCGGCUACUGAAUUUGAGGAAACAGAAUCGUUUACUGAGGUAGUUGAAGAGACAGAAUCAGUUAAUGAAAAUAUCUUAGAAGAAACAUCAAUUAACGAAGUUCAGAAAAUCGAAUCAAUUACUGAAGAUAUUAAAGAACAAUUAGUUCCUGAAGAAAUUAAAGAAGAACAAUUAGAUUCUGAAGAAAUUAAAGAAGAACAAUUAGAUUCUGAAGAAAUUAAAGAAGAACAAUUAGUUCCUGAAGAAAUUAAAGAAGAACAAUUAGAUUCUGAAGAAAUUAAAGAAGAACAAUUAGAUUCUGAAGAAAUUAAAGAAGAACAAUUAGAUUCUGAAGAAAUUAAAGAAGAACAAUUAGAUUCUGAAGAAAUUAAAGAAGAACAAUUAGUUCCUGAAGAAAUUAAAGAAGAACAAUUAGAUUCUGAAGAAAUUAAAGAAGAACAAUUAGUUCCUGAAGAAAUUAAAGAAGAACAAUUAGAUUCUGAAGAAAUUAAAGAAGAACAAUUAGAUUCUGAAGAAAUUAAAGAAGAACAAUUAGAUUCUGAAGAAAUUAAAGAAGAACAAUUAGAUUCUGAAGAAAUUAAAGAACAAAAAGGAUCUGUUAAUGAAGAAGUUGUAGAAGAAGAAGGAUCAGUUACUGAAGAAAUUAAAGAACAAGAAGAAUCUGUUAAUGAAGAAGUUUUAGAAGAAGUUGAAGAAACAGAAUCAAUUAAAGAAGAAAUAGUAGAAGGAGGAAUAGCUACUCAAGAAAUAAUAGAAGAAGAAUCAGAUACUAAAGAAGUUGUAGAAGAAGAAGUAAUAGAUUCUGAAAAACUAGUAGAUGCAGGAUCAGUUACUGGGGAAGUUAUGCCAGAAGAAGUAUCAGUUACUGAUGAAGUCGUAGAAGAAGGUUCAACAACCGAAGAAGUUUUAGAAGAACAAAAAUCAGUUAAUGAAGAAGUAGUAGAAGACGGAUUAACUAUUGAUGAUUUUGUAGGAUUACAAGGAUCUACUACUGAAGAAGUUGUAGAAGAAGACGGAUCAGCUAUUGAAAAAAUAUUAGAAGAAGAAACAGCUACUGAAGAAAUAGUAGAAAAACAAGUAUCUGUUACUGAAGAUAUAGUAGAAAAAGAAGGAUCAGUUAACGAAGAAAUAAUAGAAGAAGCAUCAGUUGCUGAAGAAAUAAUACAAGGUGGAUCUUUUACUGAAGAAAUUGUAGGACAAGAAGAAUCAGCUACUGAAGAAGUUAUAGAUGAAGAAGGAUUAAUUUCUAAUGAAAUAGAAGAAGAAGAAGAAAAAUCAGUUACUGAAGAAAUGAUAGAAGAAGUAGAAGAAGUAUCAGUUGAUGAUGAAGUAGAAGAAGUAUCAGUUGCUGAAGAAAUAGUAGAAGAAGAAUUAGUUGAUGAUGAAAUAUUACCGGAGGAGUUAUCAGCUACUGAAGAUGUUAUAGAAGAAGUUAGAUCAGUUACUGAUGAAAUAGUACAGGAAGAAUCAGUUUGUGAAGAAAUAUUAGAACAGGAAGUAUCAGCUUCUGAAGAAUAUGUAGACGAUAAAUCGGUUACUGAUGAUUUUGUAGGACACGAAAGAUCUGUUAUUCAAGACGUUGAAAAUACAGAAUCAGUUACUGAAGAAAUUGCAGAAGUAGAUAAAUCAGUUAUAGAAGAAGCUGUAGAAAAACAAGGAUCUGUUACUGAAGAAAAAGUACAGGAAGGUGUAUCAGCUAUUGAAGAAAUUGAAGAAUUAGAAUCAGUUACUGAAGAAAUUGCAGAAGAAGAUAAAUCAGUUAUAGAAGAAGCUGUAGAAAAACAAGGAUCUGUUACUGAAGAAAUAGUAGAAGAAGAAGAAUUAGAUACUGAGGAGGUAUUAGAAGAUAAAUCGGUUACUGGUGAUGUUGUAGAACAAGAAGGAUCUGGUAAAGAUGAAAGUGAAGCAAAAGAAUCAUUUACUGAAGAGGUUGACGAACUUAAAUCAGUUAAAGAAGAAGAUCAAGAAACUGAAUACAUAUCUCGUGAAAUAGAAGAAGAAUCAGCUACUGAACAGCACUCUGAACAAGAAUUGUCGAUUAAUAAAGAAGUUGUAGAAACUGAAUCCCUCACUAAAGAUAUAGAAGAAGAAAAAUCAACUACACAAGAAAUUUUAGAAGAAACUCAAUCAGUUAAUGAAGAAAUAGUAGAAGAAGAAAGAGAUACUGAUGAAGUUUUAAAAGAAAAAGUAUCACCUUCUGAAGAAGUUAUAGAAGAACAAGCAUCAACUACUGAGGAAUUUGUAGAAGAAAGAUCAUCUACUGAUGAAAUAGUAGAAGUAGAAGAUUUAUUUACCGAAGAAGUUAAAGAAAGAGAAGGAUCUGUUACAGAAGAAAUAGUAGAAGAAGGAUCAGAUACGGGAGAAAUAGUAGAAGAAGAAGGAUCAGAUACCGAAGAAAUAUUAGAAGAAGGGUCUUUUAAUGAAGAAAUAGUAGAAGAAGAAGGAUCAAUUACUGAAGAAAUUCUACAAGGAUCAGUUACUGAAGAAAUUCUACAAGGAUCAGUUACUGAAGAAUUUGUAGGACAACAAGGAUCUGUUAUUGAAGAAAUUGUAGAAACAGAAUCAGCUAUUGAAGAAAGAGUAGAAGAAGAAUCAGCUACUGAAGAGGUUGACGAAAGAGAAUCAGUUACUGAAGUUGUAGAAGAAGAGGUAUCAUCUUCUGAUGAGGUAGUAGAAGGUUCAAUUGAAGAAGUUAUAGAAAAUGAAGGAUCUGUUACUGAAGAAAUAUUAGAACAUGAAGUGUCAGCAGAUGAAAAUUUUGUAGGACAAGCAGUAUCUGUUAUUGAAGAAGUUGAAGGAACUGAGUCGGUUACUGAAGAAGUUGUUGAAGAAACUGAAUCAGUUAGUGAAGAAAUAGUAGAAGUAUCACCUACUGAAAACGUUGUACAACAAACAGAUUCAGUUAUUGAAGAAGUUGUAGAACAAAAAGAAGGAUCAUUUAAUGAAGAAAUUGAUAUAAGAGAAUUAGGUGAUGAUGGAGUUGAAGAACGAGAAAAAAUAUCUACUGAAGAAGUUGUAGGACAAGAUAAAUCAGCUACUGGAGAUGUAGAAGAAGUAUCAUCUACUGAAGAUGAAGAAGAAGUAUCAUCUACUGAAGGUUUAGAAGAAGUAUCAUCUACUGAAGGUUUAGAAGAAGUAUCAAAUACUGAAGAUGUAGAAGAAGUAUCAUCUACUGAAGAUGUAGAAGAAGGAUCUGUUGCUGAAAAUGUGAAAGAAACAAAAUCAAUCACUGAAGAAGUGUCAGUAGAAGAAGAUAUUAUAACUGAUAAAGUUUCAGUAGAACAAGAAGUUAUGGCUGAAGCAUCAGUGGAAGAAAAUAUUUUGACUGAAGUUCCAGUAGAAGAGGAAAUUAUGACUGAAAAAUUGUCCGUAGAAGAUAAAGCCCUUAAUGAGAAAAUUAUGUCAGAAGAAGAAAUUGUUAUUGAAGAUGGCAAUGUACAUGAAGUUGUUCCAGCAGAAGUAAGUGUAACUGAAGAAAUUCCAGGAGUAGAAGAAACAACUAAUAAUGAAUCUCACGUAAAAGGAGAAAAUGUUGUUAAUGAAGUUGUAGUAGACGAUAAUUCAGUUAAUGAUGAAAUUCAAUUUGAUGAUGAUUCAUCAAUUGAAAUUUAUACUGUUGAUUCAAAAGAUGUAUUUCAUAAAGAAGAAAAUUAUGAUUCAUUUAGAGAAGAAGUUCGUAGUGAUGAAAACAUUCAUAUUUUUCGUAAAAAAAAUGAAAAUUUUGUUAAAAAAAUUGAAAAUGAAAAAAGUUCUGUUGGACAUGUACCAACAGAAUAUACGUCGAAAGAAAAUAUUGCUGAAGAAGUUCCAUCACACAUUAUGUUUAAAGAAAAUGUUACUGAAGAAGUACCUAAAGAAGUUAAAUAUGAAGAGAAUACUGUUGAAGAAGUAUUUGAAGAAGUUACCUCAAAAGAAAAUAUUAUUGAAGAAGCUCCAGGAGAUAUUAAUUCUGAAGAGAAUAUUAUUGAAGAAGUACCUGAAGUUGUUACAUCUGAAGAGAUUGUUGUACAAAAUGACGUAAAUAAUAUAAAUACGAAUAUUGAUCAUAUGUUUGAUUUCGAUUUAGAUGAUAUACUAAAAAUACCUGAGGCACAAAGAAAAUUGAAUAAAUUGAGAACACUAGUUGACGUUCAUUUAGAUGUUAUUGAAAAAAUGCAACGAGAUGAAUGGAAAAAAAAUAAAAGAGACUUUUUAUAUAUUUGCCUAAAGGAAAUUAACAAAUUAUCUGAAGAUACCCUCAUGAAGUUUUAUGGUAGUGAUUCAAAUAAAUCUGCCAAUGACAAUGAUACUGUAAUGGUUAUAAAAAUCCUUAAGGACAAAUGGGGAACGGGAAGAAUUGUGGACACCAUAGCUAAUUCAUUAAAUAAGUCAUAUAACUCAUUGUAUCAUAACUUAUAUAUAGAAAUGGAAAAAGAUUUAUUAAUAAAUAAAACUGAAACCUUUAAUAAAUGGAGCAAACAGCACUGGAAUAAAUUAGAUAAUUGGAAAGAAGAAAAGUGGUUUAAAUUAUUUAAAAGAGAUUUGAAAAUCGAUAUGAGGAAUACAUAUGAAAGCGAUCAAAAUGACGAAGAAAAUAAUGAAGAAUCAAUGAACGAAUUAUCAGAUGAAUUAAUAAAGAAUAAUACAUCUGACAACAUGAGAAAUGAACAGAAAACAUUAGAAAAAAAUAAGGAAUACUCUAAUUUGAGUAAAGAUUUAGGAUUAAUAGAAAAACAGAAAAUAAUAUGGAAAAGUUGGAUUGUGAAAAAUGUAAAUAAUAUAGAAAAUUGGUUUGAUGAAAUGUGGUUUAAAAACGUUGUGAAUGAAUUGAAAGAGAAAAAUGAUGUCAGUAAUGUAUUACAGGAAAAUGCAUCAGAAGCUUCUGUUGAAAAUUAUAUUUCAGAUGUAGAAGAUUCUAAAGAUAUGACAAACAGUAUAAACGAUAGUGAGAAAUCUAAAAUUGUGGCUUCAAGUAGCAAAACAACUAAUGAAGAAUAUAUUAUUUUAAGCAGAAAAGAUUUAAUAUACAAUAUAAUUGUAAUGGUUCAUAUGAUGGUAUUAGAUCAAUUUAAGUACGAUGAACUUAAAUAUGCUAAGAAAAGAUUUUUAAAUAGAUCAAUUGAUAAAUUUAUAAAAGAAAAAAAAAUAAAAGACAAAGAAACAGUUUUGGAUUAUUAUAUAGAUGAUAUUAUAAAACGUAUUGUAGAAGAUACUUCACAUGUUAAUAAUAUUAAGGAAAAGGCAAUAGAUCAUUACACUAGUCAUGAUUGGUUUAGAUUAUUACGCCAAGGGAAUAAAGCUCAAAAUUCCAUUUCUCAGGAAGUAGACAUAUUAACGGAAAAGUAUAAAAAAUUAAUUUCAGAGGAAGACAAUAAAAAAGAAAAUAACAAUAAUAAUGAUGAUGAAGUAAAACCAGAACUAAAAGACAAUAUAAAGUGCGAAGAAAAUGUCUCAUUCAAUAUAUUGAGAAGAUCAAAUAAAAAAGAUCAAUUACCGUUGGAAGAAAAAAAAAAUAAAAAUGGUGAUUUGAACAAUACAUUAACUGAAAGUGAUGGAAAAAAAAUAAAUAUAAAUGAAGCAAUAGAAGAAAGUAAAAAUGGUAAUGAAGAUAAAAAUUCGGGAAAUAUGGAAAAAUCUAGAAAACCUAGGGAUAGGAGAACUGAAAGAAAGGAAAAGGAUCAAGAUUUAAGAGUUCAAUUACUUCAAGAUUAUGAAAAUAUAUUCGAACAAAUUCAAAAUAUGGAAAAUCAAAAUAAAGAUAAGAAUAAAAAGGAAACUAAAAAUAUAUUAAAAACAUCAAUUGAUUUAGAUAAAAAUCUAUUAAGAGAAUAUAAAAAGGAGAAAAAUAUAAUAAACCAAAGUGAGAAGGAAUUUAGUGUAAAUGAGAACUGA